AUGUGCUUGAAACUCUUGCCGACGAUCCUUUUGCUGCACUUCGGUUUCGUCGCCGUCUUGUCGCUCGCCGAGUACAUGGGUCUGCUAAAUAUGACAAACAUCAGCAGCCAGCAAAACCAUUUUUCGGUUACUCGGCAAUACGGAAUUUCAAUCUGGGCAGAAAUCAUGGCGCUGGAUACUCGACAAAGAAAUCUUACAAUAGGAAUAUGGCUUGACAUAGCCUCAACGCCAGUGGAUGUGCAUUUGUGUGCAGACAGCACCGACACCGUAGUGUCAGCAUACAGACUGAUGCACGCUCUCUAA